AUGGCAAGCAUUAAACGUGUUAUCCCUUUGCUAAAUAGAGUUCUUAUACAAAAGUUGGAAGCACCUAAAACAACUGCUGGUGGGAUAUUCCUUCCUGAUACCAAAGAACAAGAUCUCACAAUGGGAAAAGUUAUAGCAACCGGACCUGGAGAGAAGAACAUCGACGGCCAGCUUAGGAAAUGUUUAGUAAACGAAGGACAAACCGUUUUGCUACCAAGUUAUGGAGGACAAGUUGUCUUUGUGAACGAGGAAAAACUUUACAUAUACAGAGACACUGAAUUGGUAGGAAUCAUAAACUAA